AUGCCCCGCACCGACGAAGCAGAAUGGUGGUUCAACGCGGUCUACGAAGCGGUCCAAGAGAUCCCCCGAGGAAGAGUGACAUCAUACGGCCAUAUCGCGACGUUAUUGGGGUUUCCAAAACGCCCCCGCCAAGUCGGCAUCACCCUAAAGCACCUCCCACGGACACCCAGCGACAACUUCUUCCACGAGGGGAAUGUGCCCUGGCAGCGGGUGAUUAACGCCAAAGGAAUGAUUUCGCAUCGCGGCCCCGGAAGUGCAGAGCGACAGGCGGAGACGUUACGCGCGGAGGGGGUGGAGGUGUCGGUGGACGCGAUGGGGGAGUUCUAUGUGGAUGUGGUGCGGUUUGGGUGGUUCCCGGCGAUGUUGCCGAGUGAGGAGGGACUAUUAAGUGGAGACGAAGAAGAAGAAGAAGAAGAAGAAGAAGAAGAAGAAGAAGAAGGGCAAGAACAAGUUGAGGAUGGUGUCGAUGGUACUGCUGCUGCUGCGGGAUUAUGA